UUGAGGAGGAGGAGGAGGAGAGGGAGGAAAAGGAGGAGGAGGAGGGUCCCAGUUUUUCCGUAGGGCUCGGGGUCGCGUGCGGUCGCCGGGGGGCCGGAGGCUGUUGCCUCCCCGCCUCGCUCCGGAGGCCCGGGGAUGGCCGCGGCGGGGGCGGCUCAGGAGAAGCAGUUCCCCCCCGCCCUGCUGAGUUUCUUCAUCUACAAUCCCCGCUUCGGUCCCCGGGAAGGAGAGGAAGAAAAGAAGAUUCUGUUUUAUCAUCCAAAUGAAGUAGAAAAGAAUGAAAAAAUUAGAAAUGUUGGAUUAUGUGAAGCUAUUGUGCAGUUCACAAGGACGUUUAGUCCAUCAAAACCUGCAAAAUCCUUACACACACAGAAGAAUAGGCAGUUUUUCAAUGAACCAGAAGAGAAUUUCUGGAUGGUCAUGGUUGUACGGAAUCCCAUGAUUGAGAAGCACAGUAAAGACGGAAAACCAAUUGUUGAAUAUCAGGAGGAAGAGUUAUUGGACAAAGUGUACAGCUCUGUACUACAACAGUGCUAUAGCAUGUACAAGCUUUUUAAUGGUACCUUUCUGAAAGCCAUGGAAGAUGGAGGUGUCAAAGUUCUAAAAGAAAGAUUAGAAAAAUUUUUCCAUCGGUAUUUGCAAACUCUGCAUUUACAGUCAUGUGACCUACUUGACAUUUUUGGUGGAAUCAGCUUUUUCCCAUUGGAUAAAAUGACUUACUUGAAAAUCCAGUCCUUUAUUAAUAAGAUGGAAGAAAGCUUGAAUAUAGUUAAAUAUACUGCCUUUCUCUAUAAUGAUCAACUCAUCUGGAGUGGAUUAGAACAAGAUGACAUGAGAAUUUUAUACAAAUAUCUUACCACUUCGCUAUUUCCAAGACACAUUGAGCCUGAGUUGGCAGGAAGGGAUUCACCAAUCCGAGCAGAAAUGCCAGGAAAUCUUCAGCAUUAUGGAAGAUUUCUUACUGGACCUUUGAACCUUAAUGAUCCAGAAGCAAAAUGCAGAUUUCCCAAAAUUUUUGUAAAUACAGAUGACACUUAUGAAGAGCUUCAUUUAAUUGUUUACAAGGCUAUGAGUGCAGCAGUUUGUUUCAUGAUUGAUGCCUCUAUGCAGCCUUCUUUGGACUUUUGCCGAAGAUUGGACAGCAUUGUUGGACCUCAGCUCACGGUUUUAGCAUCUGACAUUUGUGAACAAUAUAACAUCAACAAAAGAAUAUCGGGAUCUGAAAAGGAACCGCAGUUUAAAUUUAUCUACUUCAAUCAUAUGAAUUUAGCAGAGAAAAGUACAAUUCACAUGAGGAAAACGCCUAGCAUAUCACUUACAUCUGUUCAUCCUGAUCUUAUGAAGAUUCUAGGUGAUAUCAACAGUGAUUUUACGAGAAUGGAUGAGGAUGAGGAAAUCAUUGUGAAAGCAAUGAGUGACUAUUGGGUUGUUGGGAAAAAAUCGGAUCAGCGGGAACUGUAUGUUAUUUUGAAUCAAAAAAAUGCAAACCUGAUUGAGGUCAAUGAAGAAGUAAAGAAACUUUGUGCAACACAAUUCAACAACAUAUUCUUCUUGGAUUGACCAACAAAACAGCUUAUUUAAUAUGUCUAAAAAUUCAUAAAAAUUUUGUUUAAUAUUACUGGUUAUUAGUCAUAUUAUUGACUGGAUUAAUGAUAAUAGUAAAGCAAUACUUGCUUUGUAAGAAUAAAAUUUCUAUCGAUUCUGUAACUCUUGAUUGUAAAAUUUUUAGAUUUUAAAUAAUUAAGUGGAAUUAAUAAAAAGCAAGUCUACUA